GAACCAGAAACUAAAGACCAUUUCAGGGUCGGGUUUGAUCCAAAUACUCCACAUUAGAAGGAGUGACCAAACCGGAUCGGAAUUUUUAAUGGAACCAGAUCCUCAUAAAAAAAAAAAAAAGCACUACUAUGUCAAAUUCGAAGCAUAGGAGACGUCUUUAAAAGGCAGCAUCCCCCGCAUUGGCUUUGUUGUUGGCGUUGGACGUCACUCACUCACUCAGUCACUCAGUAGUUACGCGCGCGCAACAACUGAGACCACCCUACCCUCUCUAACUCUAAUGCAAAGGGAAAAGGCAGCAGUCAUAUCAGGAUGAAGGCUAAAGCGAUGCACCCCUUGUGUUGUAUCUCGCUUGACUGCCCGGGUAUUGGUGCUGGAGACCUCUCUCCUCCUCCGCCGGAUCUCGAUGCUGUUACGCUGGCUUCGCUUGUCCACGGAUCCUCAUCCGAAGAUGACGCAGCUGUCGCUGGGGUCCUCUAUAAAUGGACCAACUAUGGCCGCGGCUGGCGACCCCGUUGGUUCUCCCUCCGCAACGGAGUCUUCUCCUACUCCAAGAUCCGCCGCCGUGAAGACGAUGGCGAUGAAAUCACCGGCGGUAUCAACGGGGCGCGGCUGAUCGGGAACGCUGCGAGGGUAGCUCGCGCCGGCGGGAGGCCCGUCGGGAUCGUCUAUCUGAAGAUCUCAUCAUUCCGUGAAAGCAAAUCAGAUGACAGGCGGUUCUAUAUAUUUUCUCCCACCAAAACUCUUCAUUUGAAAACUGAGUCAAAGAAGGAUCGGGUAGCUUGGAUCGAGGCUUUGGUCUCAGCAAGACGUGUGAUUUCCUUGAAUGACAAGUUAACUUUCAGUCAUAAUGACAUCGCAUUUUCAACUGAAAAGCUCAGAGAUCGGAUGCGUGCCGAAGGACUGGGUGAAGAACUUAUCAAGGACUGUGAGCAGAUCAUGAUUUCAGAGUUGUCAGAGUACCACAGACAAUUGAAGGUUCAAUAUGAGGAGCACAUAACCUUGCUCAAAAGUACAUAUGAUUCACAGUUGGAGGAGGGAGUUACUGUGGAUGAUGAGAGUAGAGCUAUACAUGAGAGCCAGUUACAGUUGAUGAAACAUGAGUUUUCUAGCUCUGGACAUGGAAAAUUUAGUGAGUAUAGUACAACGGAAUCUUCAGAUGAUGUUGGAAAGCGAGAUCUUGAUGAACUGUCAGAUGAAGAUGAACCUUACUUUUUUGAUACAGAAGAGUUAUUUAAUGAUUGUAAUGGCACCUCAUCCUCUAUGAUCCUCGGCUCUGAGGAUAAUAAUAGUAAGGGAUGGGCAUGUGAGAAUCACGAUCACUCUGCUGAUGCUGCAAACAUGCAUACUGGAACAGUACAAAGUGAUCAUGUCACAUAUCCACACAUCCAAAGGCGUAAGAGGUUACCGGAGCCUACUGAAAAAGAGAAAUAUGUUAGCCUUUGGUCAGUGAUCAAAGAUAAUGUUGGAAAGGAUCUUACUCGUGUGUGCCUUCCUGUUUACUUCAAUGAACCACUUUCAUCCCUUCAGAAGUGCUGUGAGGAGAUGGAAUAUUCAUAUCUCUUGGAUAGAGCUUAUGAAUAUGGGAAAAUGGGAAACAGUCUCAUGAGAAUUCUGAAUGUAGCUGCCUUUGCAGUCUCUGGGUAUGCUUCCUGUGAUGGGCGGCUCUGCAAACCAUUCAACCCUUUGUUGGGUGAGACUUAUGAAGCUGAUUACCCUGAAAAAGGAAUUCGCUUCUUCUCUGAGAAGGUCAGCCACCACCCAAUGCUCAUUGCAUGCCACUGUGAGGGUAAAGGAUGGAAGUUCUGGGGUGACAGCAACCUUAGGAGUAAGUUUUGGGGAAGAUCUAUUCAGUUAGACCCUGUUGGCACUUUGACCCUGGAAUUUGAUGAUGGUGAAGUAUUUCAAUGGAAUAAGCGGUACCAGUUUCCUGACCCAUCUCAGGUCACAACAACUAUUUAUAAUCUCAUCCUUGGUAAAGUAUACUGUGAUCACCAUGGGACUAUGAACAUAAGGGGUAAUAGCCAGUAUUCAUGCAAACUGAAGUUCAAAGAGCAGUCUCUACUUGACCGUAAUCCACGUCAGGUGCAAGGCUUUGUUGAAGAUUGUGAGGGAGCUAAAGUUGCUGCCUUGAGAGGAAAAUGGGAUGACAGCAUGUAUUACACUGAAGGAGAUGCUAUGUUUAGAACGAAUGACAGCAGAUCACCUGAAAAUACCUCCUUGCUAUGGAGGAGGAGUAAACCUCCUGAUAAUCCUACUCGGUACAACUUAUCAUCAUUUGCAAUUACACUGAAUGAGUUGACACCAGAGUUGCAGGAGAAGCUUCCCCCUACGGAUUCGAGACUUAGGCCAGACCAGCGGCAUCUGGAAAAUGGGGAGUACGAGAAGGCAAAUGCAGAAAAGCAGCGGUUGGAGAGACGCCAGCGGAUGUCUAGGAAAUUGCAGCAGGAUGGAUGGAAGCCAAGGUGGUUUCAAAUGGAUAGUGAGACGGGGACGUAUAGAUAUGUAGGUGGAUACUGGGAAGCGAGAGAGAAGAUGAACUGGGAUGGUUGCCCCCAUAUAUUCAGUGAAACUUUAGUGGAUAAUAAUGUUACUUCCUGUUCAUAAUCAAGUUUGAUUAUUUAGAUUCCAUCAUUAUCCAUUGAUUGAAUCAAAUCACCAAGCACGGUUUGCAACUUGAGUAAAUUAUUCUUUCCUGUAUCCCUUUUACUAGCUUUGCAAAACUCUGCUUUAAAUGAUACCAGCGAAGGCACAUACAUAUGUAUUCAUGUUUAUUGGUGUUGUAUCUCAAAUUAUUGUUUAUUGAAAGCUAGUUUCCAUCUGCGGCCAUCGCGGAGCAUAUAAAGGCACACGCUUGUAAGCGUGUGCUUCAAAGUUCAAACUCAUGGGGAUUUGGUUUGUUAAAAAAUUUCUAGUUUUGCA